UAUCCCCCCUAAUUACACAACCUACUAUCAGAUAUAUACUCACUGCCACCAAGCAUUUUCUAAUACAAAACUGCUUUCUAAAUUCUAAUAUAUUUGCUACCAGAUAUUUAUUUACUCCUAAAUCUAAUACAUAACUGCCAGCAGUUACUUUCUAUGCAUGACUGACAUCAUGCAGUUUCUAAUACAGAACCGUUUUCUAAUAGAUUUGCUAUUAAAAAACCAGUUGUUUUCUAUCACAUAUACUCUUAAAAAUUAACUAGCUCCAAUCCAUUAAGGGAACUAACUUGGAUCAUAGUUCUCAUCACAUAGCCAUGAAAGUGUGAUAACUUUUUAGAAUGUUUAUUCUUCUGGUUUGAUUUACUAGUUGCUUUCAGAUGAACUGAAAUAAAUGUCUAAAAAAUUAUUUUUGAAAAGGAAGGUUGAGGAGCUCAUUCAUAGGAAGCUUGCAAAGGAGGCCGCUGAGAAAGAACUUAAAGGAGUUUAUCGAAUUACUGACCUCUGCAAAGUCAAUGUCUUCACAAGAUAAACCUCCAAAAUCUUCAUGGACAAUUGAUGAGAAAAUUUGGAACAGAAUUGAGUCUCUUGAAGCAUAUGCUAUUGAUACAUGUAAAAAUGAUGAACAAAGGAAAACAGCUGGGAUGAUACUUAAGGAAAUGGGUCUGGCAAAAGUAGCAUCUUCAUCUGUUAAACUUUUGAUAGAUAUCGGAUAUUUUCCUGUACAUAUCAAUCUUGAUCUGUUGAAGUUGGGAAUUCCCACUUAUCAUUCAGAAGAAAUCAUAUCGGCUGCUCAAAGUCUUUUAUUGGACUCAUCUGAUCCAGAUGAGGUGGGUUUCAUUUGCUUGGCAACAUUAUAUGAUUGUAAUCAUAUAUAUGUUAUCUUUGCUGAAUUCAUUAUACUAAUAUUUUUGGUUACAUGGAAAUAA